AUGAAUCUUAUAGAAAUUUUAGAAAAAACAGUUUCACCAGACCACAAUGAGUUGGAAAGAGCUCAACAGUUUCUGGAGCAGGCGGCCCUACAGAAUUUGCCCGAAUUGCUGAGGCAAUUGUCAGACAUUUUAAAGCAUGGGAGCAACAGCCCUGUGGUGCGAAUGCAGGCUGGUUUGCAGUUGAAGAACGCCCUCUACUCCAAAGAUCCAGCUAUUCGUACGUCCUAUCAAAAAAGAUGGUUGGAGUUUCCGGAAGAUCUUAGAAAUUAUAUUAAAAAAAAUGUUUUGGAAACAUUAGGCUCGGAGACGAUGAGGCCGAGCACGGCAGCCCAAUGCGUGGCCUACAUCGCCUGCACUGAGUUGCCACUGGAUAAGUGGCCGGAGAUGAUGCAGAUCCUGACGACGAACGUCACCAACCCCGCCAGCACUGAGAUGAUGAGGGAAGCAUCUCUCGAAGCUGUCGGCUACAUUUGCCAGGACAUUGACCCAGAAAUACUGUCGACGAAAUCCAAUCAAAUCUUGACAGCCAUUGUCAACGGCAUGAAGAAGGAGGAGCCGAGCAACCAUGUAAGAUUGGCUGCCACGAAUGCAUUGCUGAACUCUUUGGAAUUCACUAAGGCCAACUUUGAUGUGGAAACUGAACGCCACUUCAUAAUGCAAGUUGUCUGUGAGGCGACUCAGUCCCCAGACACGCAGGUGAGGGUGGCCGCGCUGCAAUGCUUGGUGAAGAUCAUGUCGCUCUACUACCAGUACAUGGAGCAUUACAUGGGACCUGCUCUGUUUGCCAUAACCCUGGAGGCUAUGAAGAGUGGAAUCGACCAGGUGGCAAUGCAAGGUAUUGAGUUCUGGUCAACUGUCUGCGAUGAGGAGGUCGAUCUGUCUAUUGAAGCAGCUGAGGCAUCUGAUCAAGGCCGUCCACCAGAGCGCACAAGCAAGCACUAUGCCAAAGGUGCUCUUCAGUACCUUGUCUCAAUACUCACUCAAACUCUUGCUAAGCAGGAGGAAUACGACGACGACGACGAAUGGAAUCCGUGCAAGGCAGCCGGGGUCUGUCUGAUGUUGCUGGCAUCCUGCUGUGAGGAUGACAUCAUCUCACAUGUCCUACCAUUUGUCACUGAGCACAUCAAAAGUCCAGACUGGAGGUACAGAGAUGCAGCUGUCAUGGCGUUCGGCUCCAUCUUGGAAGGGCCACACUCUGAGACGUUGAAACCAAUUGUUGAGAUGGCAAUGCCAACACUGAUUGAACUUCUGAAGGAUCCAUCGAUUGUUGUUCGAGACACAACGGCUUGGACUGUUGGGCGCAUCUGUGAGAUACUUCCUGAGGCUGUUGUCAAUGAGCACUUCAUCAACCCUCUCCUUUAUGCCAUGGUUGAUGGCCUCACAUCUGAGCCUAGGGUGGCUGCUAACGUCUGCUGGGCCUUCUCGAGUCUAGCAGAGGCGGCUUACGAAGCAGCAGAGGUAACAAACGAACAGAGAGAACCUGAAACUUAUUGCUUGUCAUCCUAUUAUGAACCUAUCAUUCAGAAGUUACUCGAGACUACUGAUAGAUCGGAUGGGUGCCAGCACAACUUAAGAAGUGCCGCCUACGAGGCACUGAUGGAGAUGGUCAAAAACAGUCCCAAGGAUUGUUAUGUAACGGUGCAACGGACAACCAUGGUGAUUCUUGAGAGACUUCAACAUGUUCUCCAAAUGGAGAGCCACAUUCAAUCGACAUCUGACAGAGUGCAAUUGAAUGAUUUGCAGUCACUGCUCUGUGCCACGCUUCAGAGCGUGCUCAGAAAGGUGACACCCACGGACGCCCCGCAGAUAUCUGACCCCAUCAUGGGGGCCCUCCUACACAUGCUCAGUACCUCCAGUGGCAAGGUAGGAGGAGUCCAGGAAGAUGCGCUUUUGGCCGUAGCUACUCUCAUUGAGAUUCUUGGUGAAUCGUUUCUCAAGUAUAUGGAGGCUUUCAAUCCAUUCUUUGUGGCAGGAUUGAAGAACCACGAAGAGUAUCAAGUAUGCCAGGCAGCAGUCGGUUUGGUUGGUGACCUGUGUAGAGCAUUUGGGAUGAAGAUCAUUCCAUUCUGUGAUGAGAUCAUGGUCAUUCUUAUUGAAAAUCUUGGGAACGAUCAAGUAAAUAAGAGCGUGAAGCCGACAAUCAUUUCUGUGUUUGGAGACAUUGCAUUGGCCAUCGGUCUGGAGUUCAAGAAGUACCUACCUGUCGUUCUUACAACUCUUCUGCAGGCAUCUCAAGCCAAAGUUGAUAAGAGCAACUACGACAUGAUCGACUACCUGAAUGAUCUUCGCGAAAGCUGCCUAGAAGCGUACACUGGAAUCGUGCAGGGCUUGAAGGGUGAUGGUAGCCAACUUGGAGCAGUCAUAGAACUGAUGCAACCCUCUCUUCCAAAUAUCCUUCUCUUCUUGAACGAGAUAGCCAGUGACGAGGACAUCACGGAAGGAGUCGUUGGGGCCAGCUGUGGUCUCGUCGGUGACCUCUGCACGACCUUUGGACUGAGUCUGCAGCCUAUGCUGGAGGCGGAGAGCAUACAGACUCUACUGACCAAGGGUCGAAGGUCAAAGUCCAACAAAGUGAAGACACUGGCUACCUGGGCCAUCAAGGAGAUUAGGAAGAUGAAGAACCUGGGCUGAUCCCCAUGACGAUGAUGCCGCCGUUGCUGCUGGUGGUGGUGGUGUUGGGAUUCGGAGUGUGAAUUUGUGGUGAAGAUUUGUGACGUCAUUGUUGUGAGGAGGAGGAUGAUGAUGACGUCAUUGUUGUGAGGAUGAUGGUGACGAUGAUGACGUCAUUCAUGCGAGUAUGAUGGUGAGGAUGAUGACGAUGACGUCAUUGUUGUGAGAAUCAUGAUGGUAAUGGUAAAUGAUGGUCUGGUUAAGGUAAAUGAUGAUAAUGGGGACAUUAAUUAAUUAAUUAAUUAAUUAACACUGAUGAUUAUGAAAUUAAUUAAUUGGUGAUGACGAUGUUAGGCAUAUUGAGGGGUUUAUGUCCAUUUAUUUGUUGGCAAUAGUUUAUCGUUUGUAUAGUAGUAUGACGUGACUAAUUAUCAUCUUACCGUCGUCAUCAUUAUCAUCAUCACUAUCAUCAACAUCAUCAUCACCAUCAUCAGCUAACAGUAAAAGUAGCAAAAAAUAUAAAGAAUAUAUAUAUAUAUAAUUUAGGUGAUGAUUAUGAUUUAGAUUAUGAUGAUGGUGAUGAAGUUGACAUUGGUUGAUUGGUUGGUUGAUUGGCUAAUUGGUUGGUUGAUUGGCUGAUUGAUUGGUUAGUCCUUUUUAUACUGUUGUCCACAAAAUUGGUUUUAUCUAGCUUUGAUUUUGAGACAAAAUAUUAUUGGUAGUAUAAUAAAUAAUUAUUAUAAUAUUAAUUAUAAUUAUUACCGUUUUUUUAUUAUUAUUAUUUUAUUAUGGUAUCGAUUCUUUCAAAAAAGAUAAAUAUUUUCAUGUAUGUUUUGUAAUUGGACGUCUAUUUAACAGCUUAACAAGCGAACAAUUUGCUUCGUUUUGUUUCAUUAA